AUGAUGAGUGUGAAGGGCAUGGUUACAGCCUUGGCUGGGGUAUUCUGUGCUACAACUGUUCAAGAUUUCCCCAUGUUCAAAGGAGGAUGCUGUCUUUGCAUAGGCCCUGGAGUAAAAGCAGUGUAAGUGGCAGAUGUUGAGAAAGCUACCAUAAUUUACCCAAGUAACAACUGUGACAAAAUAGAAGUGAUUAUCACCCUGAGAGCACAGAAAGGAGAAAGAUGUCUUCAAUCCCAAAUUGAAGCAAGCAUUAUAAUCAAGGUUAUUGUAGAGAUUAAAGAGAGAAAACAUGAAAUCCCUGAAACCCAUAAAGUGAAUAAAGAUCAGAUAUUUAUGUUCAUGCCUUAA